UCAAGCCCAGAGACCAGAGGACUGCAACAGAUUCAGCCUGCCUGGUGACCAAACAACAAUAGCUACAACUCUCUGGGCCACGACUUCAGCUCUACAAGCCUCUUUCCAGUAAUGGCGUCCCCACAGUGGCCUGCCUCAAUGCUGUUGGCUUCAUUGAUCCUUCUUUGCUGGACGAUGUCCUCUGCUUGGUCACAUUCCUCCACCGACCGCUUAGCCCUCUACAGAAUCAAGAGAGACCUUGAUUUCGAGACUAGAGAGAAAACAGAAAAAGUCCUGGAAACUGCAACAAACUCUCUAUCUCUACUUAAUGAUGUGAUGGGAAAGAUUGACACCAAUAACUUGAAAAGUAUGAUGAAGAACCUUGCCAACUUUGCCAGUUUGGCGCCUGGCGUCGGAGCUUUGAUCUCCUCCAUCGUCAACACAGUUUUGGUCUUCAUCCCGCAAGAAGACCCGGUGUUGACCAAGCUUGAGCAAGGGUUUAGUGAAGUGAACAGCAAACUGGACUCUCUCUCCACCCAGAUCUCUGACCUAGCAACAGACGUUGAAUUCUUCAACUACGUCAGUGUCUACUCUCAAAACGAAGUCCGCAUCCUCAACGCCUGGAGUAAGUUUGUAGAGUUAAAUAGGCAUGGGUUCAAAAACUUCCAGGCCUCGGCCCAGACCUUUAAAGAUUACUAUAAGGACACGCAAACCGAGGCCAGUGUGGAUGCCCUUUACCUUUACCUGACAGGCAGAACCAUGAUACUCGGCAAAAACCUUAACGACCUGCUGAGGAAUAAGUUUAAAUGCGACUUAAAUGAGAUCAACAAAUACAACUUUUAUCUCAGUGGUUUGCUGUGGAAGGGGUUAGUACUCAAAGAGGUUUAUGGGAAACUGAUUGACAGCACAUCAGACAAAGAAGCUAAACAUGCCCAGAUGUUGAAGAGCCUCUACGAAGUCCAGCGGGCAGCUGUGGAGUACUGCAUAGACAACAGCGAGGAGCAAAUGAAGACGGACGUUAAGGACAUCGGCACAGCACACAUUUCUGAAGAAAAGACGGCCGUAGCUGAGAAAGUGAAAAAUGCUCUUGAUAAGAAGUACAGUUGGUACAACUGGGUGGUGCUGGUGUAUGACAAAAAGCAAGAAGAAGAUAAAUAUAUAUAUGUAUAUGAUAUGACUAAGAUCCCCAUAUCAGACAAGAUCAUCGUGGCUGUUACCUACACUCUGAAAGCAGACUCAGACAAAGACACUGGAGAAAACGUUAAAAAUAUAGUCAAAACAUGCUUUAGGCAAAAACCACAAUGUGAUCCCAGAUGCUAUUUUUUUCCUUGGGAAUCAUAUGGUGGAGCUAGCGAAAAUAUACAUGUUACAGAUUACGCCAAAUUAACACAUGCGGCCUACAGCUAUGAAUUUGCAGAGCUCCCACCACCAGUUGAUCGAACAGAGUGUUUAAUGGAUGAUUAUCGAUACAAGAUUUCCGUGCACGUCUCCACGAAGACGCCUGUCUGCAAACAUAACCCAUGUCAGAACAAUGGCCAGUGCAAGCAGCUGCUGAAAUCCAACGAAUGGCUGUGUGUUUGUCAAGACGGUUACUUUGGAGACAUGUGUGAAACGAAAGUGAACACAACAAUGACCCUGACAGUCUAGACGAGUCUAUCCAUCAGCACCACAAAAGCCAGACUGAAAAAGAAAAAAAAAAAGAAAAAAGAAAAAAAAAAUCAAGCUCUACUCGUUUCAGAUCUGAAAAAAUUCACACGUGUUUCUGUCCAUCCUUCCACUGUGAGAAAACACCUCAACAUUAUGAGCCUGAAAAGAUGUGCAGCUGACAAAAGAACAUUACUAAGGAAAGGAAACUGACAAAUAAAUAGUUUGACUGAAAUGAAAAUCUUUGUAUUUAAACUGGACCACAUGAUCAACAGAUGUAGUGGCUGAUAUCUGAUAUCAGAUUUUUGCGAAAUACUGACAGAAGACAACAUCGGUGACCUAAUACCAAUAGAAAAUCCAAAACUCAAGUGACUGAACAGCUCAGAACGGCACUGUGAAGAAUGAAAUGAUGAAGAUGGAAGCAGCUGCUCAUUUGCAGUCCAAGCAAACACAAAAAUCCAGCAGGAGUUAUACAACCAUUAGAUGGCACCAAAGUUAAAAAGAAGUUUUACAUAUAGCGCCUUUGGCACAUGUGUCAGCCUCCAGUCCUUGCAGGCCAAAACCCCUUAGACUUCAGCUCACUGCCUCAUUAAACACACCUGAUUCGGCUCAUCAGCUAAUAGCAAGGCUUUCAUUAACUGAAUUGAGAGCUGUAAAACUGUAAAAAGUAUUCAAUCAUCCAGUCAAUCAAUCAAAUCAUGCCAGUCAAUCAUGUAUAUUUAGCGUGAUACAGCUUUUCCAGCCUUUUGCGAGUUAAAGCCCUAAAACGCAAAGAAGAAAUCAUAUAUACAGAGGAUCCAGAAACUUGGCCACCUUCUCCUUUUUGGAAAUCAUGGACACUGUAAACAACCCCACUAUAACUGGGGUUUUAGUUUGCCGGAUGCAUUUACUGACUUUUACACUGGCAAAGUGUAAACACUGGUAAAGCUCUGUGUUACAGGGGGAGCUUUAUCUUGUUCCUCACUCAGAACCAUACAGUGAUGAGAAGGUUAAAUAUGGUUAAAGUUAAAUAAAGUUGAUGUGACUUGUUUUAAUAAAGCAGCACCACGUUUUACA